AUGAAUCUCCUGAGGCAUGCGAAAAGCCAAGGACUACUAGGUCCCAGCGCCAGACCCGGCACCAACUCACCUUACUAUAUCAGCGCCGGCCAUCCAUUCUGUCACCUCCUCUAUGAAGCAGCACCCAAGCUUAUAGAGCUCUUCCCUUCACUGACACAGGAUCAUGACCUCAGCAACUGUAUCGAUUCAUUUAGCCGUCGGUACAGACAAUUCUUGGAGGACCCAAACUCUCGCAUCAGUCUGCUUCUCGUCAGCAGCUCACAGGUUCACCAAGACAUCUUCGACGUACUCGGCAAUUCUCGUAGCCAUCUGGAAUCUGCAGUAUCCAGGACUCACAGUGGCAUGAUACGAGCCUACAACUGGCUGGACGACAAAACGUACCGGGCGGACCCGGCAUAUAUCACUGCAUAUCACUGCUCGCCUUACCGCUCGGAGCUAGAUAUACAUAUCGAUGCUACGACCGACACAUUCGUGCGCGGCACGAUCUCAAAAGAGUGCAACCAAUCACUGUCAUGGCUAGUUCACACGUUCCCGGCACUGGCGGGCUGCCUCCUCAGACGGUGGAACGAACUCACAUACUUGGACGGCGUUGCAUUGUGCAACAAAUCUGACAUUGUACAAUCAGUGGCAUUCUUGACGCAGGCCUGUCGCGAUCACGAGUACUUCUCAGCGCACUUCCGUUGGUCGGAUCUGGAGAGUCUUGUCGAUACGCACGGCGAAUUCUCGAUCGGCCUCAGGAAAUCGACCGAGGGCCUUACGCAAGGCCUUUCAAUCGCCAAGAAAUUUGGCAUGGCUAUGGGAAUCCCAAUCAAGCAAAUCUCCACAAACGAGUGGCAGCAGAUGGAUCUUCCUCGCAAAGAUCGAAGUGUGCUCUCACCGCUGCUCAGGGUCUCUGCUAAGACGUCGACGGCUACAGAUGUACUCCUACGAGACAUACUUAGCAGACUGAAGCUUACUGAGUCCAGAGUUCUCACUCGGAGUGGAAACCAGUCACUAGCCCAGAGCACAUUGUCAUCCGUAGACGAGAUCUUAGAUCGUCUCAAGCAAAAACUCCAGGCCGAGGAGAAGGCUCUGAUGUUUGACUACCACGGGUUUCAUACCGUCGUUGGAUGGGCUUUCCAACGUGUAGCCAAGCUCCUUGCGGAGCGCUUACCAGCCAAGGAUGACGAGGAGAUCAUGGAGACCUGGGAGUACAAGAAGCUGGUAAACUUCAUAUUGUGGGAAAGUACAUGUCGCGAGAGCAAUGUUUUAGUCGGCAGAUUUGGGGAAUCCUCAGUCAAUGCCCUCACGAUCGCGACUGAAGCAGUUGAAGCUGCCGUGGCGGGCAACGAGCGAUAUGCUUCCCAAAACGCUGACCAAGCAAUGAAAGAUGGGCUCGUGGACGAUGAGAGCAGGCAGGACGUGGAAGUGAGUCAGUGGUUCGCGCCAAGACGUACUUCGACGCACAAGAUUGAGCUGAUCGGCAAGAGCCUGACGAUUACGAGCGUGGCGGCCAUGAGUCGCGCUGAGCUGGCACAUCUACCGGAUGGCGAUGAGCAGAGUAGCGCGCACGACGAUCAAGAGGGUGACAGCAAGUCAAGGAGGCAAGAGAGGAGACGAAGAUGCAAAGCAGAAAAGAAAGCUGCGAAGAAAGCCGCGAAAGAAGCAGGCGCCGGGGAAUUGGGCGUAGACAGAGGCGAUGGCAAUCCAGUAUCGUGA